AUGUUACGUGUGCUUCCAGUCACGGCAAUCCCGUUGGUCAUACCGAUCCCGCCGGUCGUGUCAAUCACGUCUAUCACGCGACCCUGUCGGUUUCAUGAACUUGUUGGUCACAUGAUCCCAACGGUUAUGCGAUCUUGGGGGUCACACGUACCCAGUUGGUCACACGACCCCGUCGGUCACACGACCCCGUCGGUCACACGACCCCGUCGGUCACACAACCCCGUCGGUCACACAACCCCGUCGGUCACACGAUCCAGUCGGUCAGACGACCCAGUCGGUCACACGACGCCGUCGGUCUAUGAUCCCGUCGGUGACAUAAUCUCGUGGGUCACAUGA